GAAGAACCGUAUGUAAGAAGGACAGUUGCAAUUGUGGUGGGGAUCAUGAUCCCGAGUUCAUGGAGUGCCCUUUAAGGGUGAAAUUGAGGUGGCAAAAGUUAAAGCGGUCAAUCGAAUCUCCUAUGCCGAGGCAAUUAAAAUAAUUGAGAAAACAAGUGAUGCUAGUGAAGAUAUGGUGGUGGAUACACCACAGCAUGUAGUAAAUGUUUGCCGCCAGACAAAAAAUACCAUGCGUGUUAAAAAGUUGGAUUUUGUUGCGUUCAUUGCCACAGUUAUAAACUGUACAGCACAAGUCUCAAAUAAGUCGAAGAAACUGGACAUUAUUGUGGCUGUGGCAGAAACGUUUUUGAAAAUGAAGACCUACAAGGGGUACUGGCGUCGGAAAACCUGCACUCCCAGCCUGUGUAUGGAUCAGAUCUGUUUUAUUUGUUUUUAACAUACAUUUUUUUCUGGUAGGUACGUUUUUUGGGGGGGUGAAUCAUGUUCCUAUCCCGCAUAGUAGAUAGCUGGAUGUGUGAUCGUCAAUAUACCAUAGAGAAAAAAAAGUCUUUAUUCUGAAGGAUUCCAAAAAUCCGUGAACCGGAAGUACAUAGUUAUUCUUGCAUGCGCCACGGCAGUAUGAGAUAACACUCCUAUCGUUUGUUUGCGGAUGGCCAUAACAUUAUAGAAGAAGAGUCACAAUAACAACACAGCUCACUUGCCUUCACAGCAAAGAAGUUCACUUUAUUGUAUUACUCAAUACGUUGCAAGUGUAAGCUACAUGUGUUACAAACAAUACGUAAAGAAACAAUAACGAAGCAGCAAGUAAGUGCUUGUUUGAGUUAGCAGCGAAACUCACGUGAAAGUUUGCCAGUACGGUUGUUAUUUUUCCCGAAGGAAGACGUUGGAUUUGAGGGGGAAAAUGGCCACCACAUCUUCUCUUCCAGAGGAGGACCUCACCUGUCCCGUAUGCCGAGACAUCUUCAGGGACCCAGUCAUCCUGUUGUGUAGCCACAGCUUCUGUAAAGACUGUAUACAUGGCUACUGGAGGGAGAGAGAAGUGAAGGAAUGUCCAGUUUGUAGGAAAAGAUCAAAACUCAGUGAUGCACCCCUCAACCGGGCUUUGAAGAACCUCUGUGAGGCCUACUCAAAGGAGAAAGCAUCUGCAGGUGUCCUCUGCAGUCUGCAUGGGGAGAAAUACAAACUUUUCUGUCGUGACCACGGACAACCAGCUUGCCUGGUGUGCCAGACUUCUGAGUUACACACAAACCACAAGUUCUGCCCCAUGGACGAAGCUGCCAAAGAAUAUAAGGAGUCUGUGCUGAAGCUCCUACAGAACAAACUGGAGGUCCUUGAGGCAGACAGUCGAAAUUGUGUUCAAACGGUAGAUACUAUCACGAGCCAGGCCCUGUCCACAGAGAGGAAAAUAAGGGAACAGUUUGAGGAGCUUCACCAGUUUCUACGGAAUGAAACGGUAGUCAGGAUAGCUGCCCUGAAGCAGGAAGAAGACAACAAGAGUCAAAUGAUGAUGAGGAAGAUUGAGGAGAUGAACAGAGAGAUCUCGUCCCUUUCUGACACCAUCCAAACCCUAGAGGAAGAGCUAGGGGCUGAAAACAUUUCUUUGCUACAGGACUACGAGGUCAUCAAGAAAAGAGUUCAGUGCAUAUUGCCAGAUCCAGAGAGGGUUUCAGGGGCGCUGAUUCAUGUGGCCAGACACCUUGGCAACCUGCAGUUCAGAGUCUGGAAGAACAUGCAGGAAAUUGUUGAGUACACUCCUGUGAUUCUGGAUCCCAACACUGCUCACCCAGAUCUCAUCCUGUCUGGUGACCUGACCAGCUUCACAUGCAGACUCAGUGAUGACCAACAGCAGCUUCCUGACAACCCAGAGAGGUUUAAACACCGCUAUGCUGUCCUGGGCUCCCAGGGCUUCAGCUCGGGGACACACAGUUGGGACGUAGAGGUUGGGGACAGCAAAGAGUGGGCAGUAGGUGUAGCCAUAGAGUCUUGCGAUAGGAAGGAGACGUCUCGGUGGCAUAUUAGUGGAGUCUGGUACGUACUCUCAAGAGAAGGGAGUGACUAUAUUGACCAAGUGUCACCGAAUGCAUGUUACUGUCUUGAACCUUUUAAAGUGAAACCCCAGAGGAUCCGAGUGCAGCUGGACUGGGACAAAGAAACAGUGUCACUUUCUGAUCCUGUCAAUAACCAACGCAUUGGGUGUUUCUUCAAAAACCCUCAAAUAUUUUCACUGAGUUUCACUGAGAGAAUUUUUCCAUUCCUCAGUGGGGACUAUGUCAGGGUUAUGCCAGUGAAGGCCUCUGUAACAGUAUAGUACAGGACUAUGUCAGGGUUAUGCCAGUGAAGGCCUCUGUAACAGUAUAGUACAGGACUAUGUCAGGGUUAUGCCAGUGAAGGCCUCUGUAACAGUAUAGUACAGUUAGAGCUGAUCAUUACACACGUCGGGGCUCCUGUGAAAACAAAACUACAAGCUAAAAGGCAAUUGACACAAACGAUUGCUGUGGGAACAUUGUUGACCAAUUUCAAAUGCAUUAAUUGAAAUGAAUCAGUUGGUUCAUUUUAAUGUGUCUUAAUAUCAGUAAACCCUUGUCUGAUAGACAUGAGAACUGCGGGUUUAGUUCUGUUUGCUGUUUUUCAGUGAAUCUCAUUCAACAUCGACUUAAUGGGACAGAUUUGGAAUAUAUCUGGGGUUUUCCAUUUUGAAUGCCAGGUGUACUGAACACACAUCCUUGUUGGCCUUUUUGAACAGUUUGUCUAGAGAAAUGUUACUGUUGUUCAAUUAAUCUUCUAGUGAAGUAUCCGCUAACCAAGUAUGAUACGGCAAUCUGUCAGUCAAUGACAUGCAUUAAUUAGUUGAUGCAACACGACCUUUGACUCAGCCAGGCUGUGACUGAGAUCCCACUCCCCCUCUCUCUCCCACUUCCUCUCCAAAGAUCUGACUCCCUCCCACUUCCUCUCCAAAGAUCUGACUCCCUCCCACUUCCUCUCCAAAGAACUGAAUCUCCUCCCACUUCCUCUCCAAAGAUCUGACUCCCUCCCACUUCCUCUCCAAAGAUCUGACUCCCUCCCACUUCCUCUCCAAAGAUCUGACUCCCUCCCACUUCCUCUCCAAAGAUCUGACUCCCUCCCACUUCCUCUCCAAAGAUCUGACUCCCUCCCACUUCCUCUCCAAAGAUCUGACUCCCUCCCACUUCCUCUCCAAAGAUCUGACUCCCUCCCACUUCCUCUCCAAAGAUCUGACUCCCUCCCACUUCCUCUCCAAAGAUCUGACUCCCUCCCACUUCCUCUCCAAAGAUCUGACUCCCUCCCACUUCCUCUCCAAAGAUCUGACUCUCUCCCACUUCCUCUCCAAAGAACUGAAUCUCCUCCCACUUCCUCUUCAAAGAUCUGACUCUCUCCCACUUCCUCUACAAAGAUCUGACUCUCCCACUUCCUCUACAAAGAUCUGACUCCCUCCCACUUCCUGAAUUCAUCCUUCUGGUUUUUUAUUUACUGUUUUGUUAUUUAGCCUUUUUAAGCGCUUUGAGGUUUCUUCUCUAUGAGUAAUGGUCUUCCUGUCUGUGAAGUGUGUUUCUCCAUUCUAGUGUAAUUCUAUGUAAUGUAAGUUGAGUAAUUGCUGUGUUUAAUACCAUGGUCAUGUUUUACAGCCUUUCUCAUGUAUUAAGUCAGUUUUCAUUUUAUACAUAAAAUUACAUUUAAAUCUG